AUGCGGGACUUUGAUGAUUUCAUCUUUGCUUUUUUUGCUGUGGAGAUGGUAAUCAAGAUGGUUGCACUGGGCAUCUUUGGGAAAAAGUGUUACCUUGGAGACACCUGGAAUCGGCUAGACUUCUUCAUUGUAUUGGCUGGGAUGCUGGAAUACUCUCUCAACCUGCAGAAUGUUAGUUUCUCUGCGGUCCGAACAGUCAGAGUACUUCGACCUCUCCGGGCUAUCAACCGAGUACCCAGCAUGAGGAUCCUGGUAACGCUUCUGCUGGACACUCUCCCCAUGCUGGGCAAUGUGCUGCUGCUUUGCUUCUUUGUUUUCUUCAUCUUUGGGAUUGUAGGGGUCCAGCUGUGGGCCGGGCUUCUCCGCAACCGCUGCUUCCUCCCAGAAAACUUCUCCCUUUUCCCUGCCCAUUCAGUUAUUACUCUGGAGGGCUGGGUGGACAUCAUGUACUUUGUUAUGGAUGCUCACUCCUUCUACAAUUUCAUCUACUUCAUCCUCCUGAUAAUAGUGGGCUCAUUCUUCAUGAUCAACCUUUGUCUAGUUGUCAUAGCGACACAGUUCUCUGAGACCAAGCAACGGGAGAGUCAGCUUAUGAAGGAGCAGAGAGUGCGCUCCAGGUCCAAUGCCAGCACCCUGAAUAGCUUCUCUGAGCCAGGAAGCUGCUACGACGAGCUCCUCAAGUACCUAGUUCACAUCAUCCGCAAAGGCACCAGGCAAAUCGGCCACCUCAUCCGGGCUGCCGGGCGCCGUGCAGGCCUGCGGAUCUGUGCUUCUCCGCCGCUGGAACCACCGCCCACGAAAAGACGGCAUCAGAAGCAGCGCCAGGGAUCCAUCCGUCCCGUCAUGCACCAUCAUCAUCACCUCCACCAUCACUACCAUCUGGGCAAUGGGAGUGUCCGAACCGACGGGGGCAGAGAGGGGGACAACCAGAGUUCCCAAAGUGCCAAUGCCAACAACUCUGGGCAUCUCAUGCUACCUGUCAUUGUCCCUCAGCAGGAGCCCUUUUGUGGGUCUCUGGGCCCCAGUGGUGCAGAAUCAGUGCAUAGUGUUUAUCAGACUGCGGGCCACCUUGAGCCUCUGCGCUGCAGCCCCUCACCUUCUCCCAUGGUGUUUCAGGCAUACAAGAGGAACUCAGUGCCAUUUGCGGCUCCAGUACAUAAGAACUACCCCACGUUACAGUCAUCUCUGGCCUUAGAGCAGCUCAGACAGAGAAUCCUGGAGCCAGGAGGCAGUUGCACUGCUAGUGUCCUUACCAACCUAAACAUCCCCCCAACUCCCAUCAACACCUCACAGUGCCUGGUGGAGACACAAGGUCCUCCUGGCAAGAUCAUCUUUAAGGAUGCGCUCAUGAAUUGCAGUGGCACAAACUUAGACACAACUUUGACCUUUGACCCUGAGACAUGUCCGUAUUGCGCCAAAGCGAUGGCCAACGACUCUGAGGGAGUGGAUGGGAAUGAGACGGCAGACUCUGACAGUGAGGGCGUGUAUGAGUUCACACAGGAUGCCCAUUAUCGGGACAGCAGAGAUCCCAACAGGAAGAAGAAGCUGUUUGCAUUAGGAGCUCGGGCAGCAAAGGUGGUCCAUUUCUGGAGGCUGGUGUGCGACACGUUCCGUAAGAUUGUGGAUAGCAAGUACUUUGGACGAGGAAUAAUGAUCGCCAUUCUCAUUAACACACUCAGCAUGGGCAUCGAGUACCAUGAGCAGCCUGAUGAGUUGACAAAUGCUCUGGAAAUCAGUAAUAUCGUCUUCACCAGUUUGUUCGCACUGGAGAUGCUCCUGAAACUGCUGGUUUAUGGUCUUUUUGGCUACAUCAAGAACCCUUACAACAUCUUUGAUGGUAUUAUUGUGGUAAUCAGUGUCUGGGAGAUUGUUGGCCAGCAGGGAGGAGGUUUAUCGGUGCUGAGGACCUUCAGACUCAUGCGUGUGUUGAAGCUGGUCCGCUUUAUGCCCGCCCUGCAGAGGCAGCUGGUGGUCCUGAUGAAGACCAUGGACAAUGUUGCCACCUUCUGCAUGCUGCUUAUGCUUUUCAUAUUCAUUUUCAGUAUUCUAGGCAUGCACCUGUUUGGAUGCAAAUUUGGCUCUGAGAGAGAUGGAGACACACUUCCUGACCGCAAGAACUUUGACUCUUUGCUGUGGGCCAUUGUAACAGUUUUUCAGAUCUUGACUCAGGAGGACUGGAAUAAGGUACUGUAUAAUGGGAUGGCCUCCACCUCUCCUGUGGCUGCUCUGUACUUCAUCGCCCUCAUGACUUUUGGAAACUAUGUCUUGUUCAACCUGUUGGUGGCUAUCUUGGUGGAAGGAUUCCAAACUGAGAAAGGCCAUGUGGGAGUGAGGAUAGUCAUGUCCAAUCAAGACACAUCAUCCACAGUGCUCAUUUCUGAGCAUGCAGGUGAUGCCUCGAAGUCAGAUUCUGAAGCAGACUUCUAUACACGGAGCUUGGAGGAUGUUUCAGGAUGUAAGAAGGAUCUGUCUGCAUCAUCUGUUGUGCCCAUCAAUGGCCAUGUGGAUUUGAAGAGCAACCUGACCCCUCCCCUCAUCACUCACACGGCCGCAACACCCAUGCCCAUCCCUAAGAUAGCAGGAGGAGGAGACCCGGCGCUAGGCGACGAGUCCCGCAGAGGCAGCAAUGUCUCAGUGGAUCCCAAUGGCCAAGACAGAUCUCCAUCGAGUGCACGGAGCUCCCCAAAUGCCCCCUGGAGUUCAGCCAGUAGCUGGAACAGCAGGCGCUCCAGCUGGAAUAGCCUGGGCCGAGCCCCCAGCCUCAAGAGGCAGAAACACCAGUCUGGCGAACGGCGCUCCUUGCUGUCCGGCGAUGGCCAUUCCAGCUCCGAUGAGGGAGAUGCGGGAGAGAGCGCAGGCGGCGGGUGCAUGUCCGAGGGUGAUGAUGCCUCCCUCGCCAGGACGGACUCCCUGGGCCAGAGGCCUCGGCACAGGCGCAUGGAAUCCCUGGAGACACGCAGCUCGUUUGAUCUGCCUCCAGACACCCUGCAGGUGCCAUACAUGCAUCGUUCCGCCAGCAUACACAGCGCUCGGCCGCCCAACUUCCUCAGCAACGGCAAGAGUUCUCCAUCUGCAGCCACCCCUCAGCUUUCUCUAGAUGAACACCACAGCGAGGAUGACAAUGCAGAUGAUGAAGGAAACCUGAGUCGGAAGGCUCGUCUCUACCGCUGGCUGGAGCACAAGCAGCCCCAGUGGUGUUGGGAGAGGGUCACCUGGUCUCUUUACCUGUUCCCCCCUCAAUCACGGUUUCGUGUAACCUGCAAUAAAAUCAUCAAUCACAAGAUGUUUGACCAUGUGGUUCUUGUCAUCAUCUUUCUCAACUGCAUCACUAUCGCCAUGGAGAGGCCCAGAAUCGACCCCUCCAGCGCUGAACGCAUCUUCCUGACGUUGUCCAACUACAUAUUUACUGCCAUCUUUGUGACCGAAAUGACAAUAAAGGUGGUUGCUUUGGGCUGGUGUUUCGGGAAGAAGACCUACCUGAAGAGCAGCUGGAAUAUUCUCGAUGGUAUGCUGGUGAUGAUCUCCGUGAUUGACAUCCUGGUAUCCAUGAUCUCCAACAGCGGCACUAAGAUCCUGGGAAUGCUUCGGGUACUACGGUUACUGAGGACCCUGCGUCCACUCAGAGUGAUCAGCAGAGCUCCAGGACUGAAGCUGGUUGUUGAGACACUGAUGUCAUCACUCAAGCCUAUCGGGAACAUUGUAGUUAUCUGUUGUGCCUUCUUCAUUAUUUUUGGCAUCUUGGGAGUUCAACUCUUCAAAGGAAAGUUCUUUGUGUGUCAGGGGGAGGAUACGAGGAACAUCACCAACAAGUCUGAUUGCCUCCAGGCUAGCAACAAAUGGGUCAGGCACAAGUACAACUUUGAUAACCUGGGGCAGGCCCUCAUGUCCCUUUUUGUUCUGGCUUCCAAAGACGGUUGGGUGGACAUAAUGUACGACGGCCUGGAUUCUGUCGGUGUCGAUCAGCAGCCCGUCAUGAAUUACAACCCAUGGAUGCUGCUCUAUUUCAUCUCCUUCUUGCUGAUCGUGGCUUUCUUUGUGCUCAACAUGUUCGUCGGCGUGGUGGUCGAGAACUUUCACAAGUGCCGGCGGCACCAGGAGGCCGAAGAAGCCAAACUGCGCGAGGAGAAGCGCCUUAAACGCAUGGAGAAAAAAAGAAGGAAUGUAAUGCUGACCGGUGUCAGUUGGUCCAGUCCCGAUCACACACAAGAAGCCCAGAGUAAACCCUAUUACUCCGAUUACUCACCUACACGGCUUCUUAUCCACAAGAUGUGCACCAGCCACUAUCUGGACCUGUUCAUCACGAUUGUCAUCGGGCUCAAUGUCAUCACCAUGUCCAUGGAGCACUACAAACAACCUAAGGUUCUGGACGAGGCUCUGAAGAUCUGUAACUACAUUUUCACAAUCAUAUUUGUCCUAGAGUCCGUCUUCAAGCUUGUUGCCUUUGGAUUUCGACGCUUCUUCAAGGACAGGUGGAACCAGUUGGAUCUUGCCAUUGUUCUGUUGUCUAUUAUGGGCAUAACACUAGAAGAAAUUGAGGUCAAUGCUUCCCUUCCCAUCAACCCCACCAUCAUACGCAUCAUGAGGGUGCUGCGGAUCGCUCGUGUGCUGAAGCUACUCAAGAUGGCAGUGGGAAUGCGAGCUCUGCUAGACACUGUGAUUCAGGCACUGCCUCAGGUGGGGAAUCUGGGUCUUCUCUUCAUGUUGCUCUUCUUCAUCUUCGCUGCACUGGGAGUAGAGCUGUUUGGUGACCUGAUAUGUGAUGAGCUGCACCCAUGUGAAGGUCUCGGCCGUUAUGCCACGUUCAAGAAUUUUGGCAUGGCUUUUCUCCUGCUGUUCCGUGUAUCCACCGGGGACAACUGGAAUGGCAUUAUGAAGGACACGCUCAGAGACUGCUCCCAAGAUACAGGCAUCUGCUACAACACGGUGGUGUCCCCCAUUUACUUUGUGUCCUUUGUUCUGACGGCUCAGUUUGUGCUGGUCAAUGUGGUGAUCGCUGUGCUCAUGAAACACCUGGAGGAAAGCAACAAAGAGGCCAAGGAGGAGGCUGAGCUGGAAGCCGAGAUGGCGCUUGAGCUGGAGGCUGUGGGUGGAGAUGGAGGAAUAUCCCGAGGGCACAUGCCAUCUCUGGGACAUGGUAACGUUGGUGGACCAGGAGGGUCGCCUUGGAUCACAAGAGACUCUCCAAAUAUGUCGGGAUCUCUUUACCCCACAGACAGCCCACCUGCAGACAUACGCAGAGACUCUGAAGAUCACAUAAAGACAGAUCCCGAUCCUCAUAAUUUGGAGCAGCCAUUAGAGCGGAGGCCUAUGUUUGACUCCGUUUCCCUGGUGAUCCAGGGCUCAUUGGAAGGAGAGCUCAGCCUCAUGGACAACCUAUCUGACUCCAUCUGCCACUACUACGCUCUGCCCCCCCUUCACAGCAAGCACUGCACUGAGAAACAGAUUCCUCUAGCCGAGAUGGAGGCUCUGUCUCUGGCGUCGGAGAAAUCCUGGUCCUUAGCUCUGACGGAUGACUCUGUCCCAGAUGAUUUUAACCCCCUCUUACUUACCAGUCAGGAGUGCAAUACCACAGCUCCAGCAGGUCCCACAGACCCCCAGCAGCCAGACGAGCCAACGGAUGAGCACUUACUGUACGUGAAGAAGACCUCAGUGGGCCGUACACAUUCUCUGCCCAAUGACAGCUACAUGUUCCUGCCGCUGCAGCCCAACUCAACCCACAGUACCCACACAACCUCACCUCACCUCGCUCAAACAGGCUCUAUAGGCUCUAUCCAGUCUCAAACAGAAGAACCCACACAACACUUGACUGUGCUCACCGAUCUGUUCAGACCGAUCAGUCCUCAUAGCCUAUCAGACUCAGAGAGCAUCCCACGAAUCCCCCCACCUCGACGGGCACACACUCUCUCACGAACCCUACGCAGACAGGUGGCAGUGAGUGCUGACUCUCAGGAGACUCUAUACACAGAGGGAGGGGAAAACGAGGGUCCCCUGGGGCUCAGGGAACUGUCGGACCCCCCCGUCAACCUUCCACCUCAGCAGCAGCACCAGCCUUCCCUCUUUCUGGUCCCUGCCACACCAGGCGCCUCCCCAAAACCGUCGCGACCUAGCGUCCACACACAGCACAACCCCUACGACCAGUACAACGUGUUCUCCAGGCGCUCCCGCUCUCCACCCCUCCCAUCUCCAGCCGCCAGGAAGCAGGAGGAAACGGACUCGGUGGAUCAGGAGGUAUCCCGAAUUAUCCGAGCGGGGCUUGCAGGGAGGAGCGACGAUGGGAUCGGAGAAGGGACAGGAGAUCAAGGUGCAAGACGUCAGCUUAAGAAGUACCACAGCGUGGACACUCAGGGCCAGCGAGCUCUGCUGUUACCACGGCCCUUGUCCUGGCUUGACGACCCACGUCGGCACUCCAUCGAGGUGUACUCGUCCAUGGAAAGCAGCCCCCAGUGCAGUUCGAGCUCCUCCGGCUUCGUCUCACGAGCCGAUAGCCUUCAGCAGCAGUCCUCACCACGCACCCGCAAGAAGAAGAUGAGUCCGCCGUGCAUCUCUGUGGAUCCGCCCGAGGGUUUGGAGCUUCCGGGAGGCUUUCAUGCUGCUCUGGGGAUGGUGCCACCCCCGUUGCCAAUUCGGGACACUUGCUUGAGGAGGCGCGCUCCCUCCAGUGACUCCAAGGACUCAUUUGAUUUGGGUGGAGGAGGAGAUGGGCUGCCUCAAGAGGGCGUCCAGAACUCCAAGCUAUUGACUCUGCCUAGCUUCUCUUUUGAGAAAACAAGCUCUGAGCACUGAACACUUGACUUACACGUUCACACACACACGCACGCACAUGACACACGGUGCACUCUGUGUAUCCGUGAUGGUGAUAGUAAUAGUAAUAAUAUCUUAGAGAGUAAUAAUGCUAAAUGCAACAAUGAUGAAUACUCCAUGAUCACGAGGAAUAGUAACUAUACCUUGUAUUUUUUUUCUCUACUGCCAAAAGAACACAAAAAUACAUUUUGCUGAGGAUUAAACAAGCUAAUAACUAGACUCUCUCUCCUCAAAGAUACCUCCUUGUGGAGGUGAGCGCAGAGCCCGGGGGAGGGUGCCCCCUUCUGGCCGUUCACAGCACUGUAUUGCUGAACUCCCUAAAGGGCACUGAUGAAGGUAUAAAGCAAUAUGAACGUUUCAGAGACACUAUUUUCUUAAAUUAUUGGGCCAUAGUGUUUGUAAAGGAUGUAGAAUUUCGUUUUUCGAUUU